UCUUUCAGAGUCACAUGGACCAAAGUUUUUGAUUGGUGUUCAAAAGCCAGUACUCCAGGUUUUUCGGCCGUGUAGUGUAGAGUAUAGUGCUUGAACGUUGAUGCUGGUUUUGAAUGUAAAACAUUUGUUAGAUUGUUUGUGAGCUGCGUUUGUCCGCUCUGGUGAAUUGACCCGAUGCCUUUCAUCAUGUUUCAAGCCUCCAGUAAGCGUCAGUUCAUUUAAACUUCUGGUUUUACAACUUUUGAAGACUUUCAGAGAAGACUACAAAAUGACUGAAGAAAGCAAAGCCGAACACAGAGCCGAAAGCGGGAAAGAUUUAGAGAAACAGCUUCGUUUGAGAGUUUGCGUUUUGAAUGAACUUUUAAAGACCGAACGGGAUUAUGUUGGGACGCUGGAGUUUCUCUCGGUAUUGCUUCAUCGACUGAAUCAGUAUGCUGUGUCUAAAAUCGAUAAGAAUAUCACAGAAGAGACGGUCAAGGUGCUUUUUUCUAACCUGGAAGAGAUCCUGUCUGUGCACAGGGACUUCCUGUCCAUGGUCGAGGAGCUUCUGCAGUCUGACCCCAACCCGUAUCAUGAAGUGGGCCGCUGCUUCCUGCACUUUAGGGGAAGGUUUCAGAUUUAUGACGAGUACUGUGGGAACCACGAGAAAGCCCAGAGACUUCUACUGGAACUUAAUAAGAUCAGGACAGUACGCACACUUUUGCUGAACUGCAUGUUGUUGGGCGGCAGGAAGAACACAGAGGUUCCUUUGGAGGGCUAUCUGGUCGCACCCAUCCAGAGGAUCUGCAAGUACCAUUUACUUCUGAGAGAGCUGCUAAAAAGAACCCCGAAGAAACACAAUGAUUUCUCAAUGGUGCAAGAGUCACUGCAGGUGAUGAAGGCGGUUUGCUCCAGCAUCAAUGAGGCUAAAAGACAGAUGGAGAAGCUGGAGGUGCUGGAAGAGUGGCAGUCUCAUAUCGAAGGCUGGGAGGGAUCCAACAUCACAGACAGCUGCACUGAGAUGCUCAUGCAGGGAGUUCUGCUGAAGAUCUCCGCGGGGAACAUCCAGGAACGCAUUUUCUUCCUCUUUGACAACCUGCUGGUGUACUGCAAGAAGAAGAACAGGCGUUUGAAGAACAGUAAGACGGCCACCGAGGCUCCUCGAUACCUGUUUCGGGGUCGAAUCAAUACAGAGGUUAUGGAGGUGGAGAAUGUGGAUGAUGGAACAGCGGAUUACCACAGCAGCGGGAACAUCGUGAACAAAGGCUGGAAGAUCCACAACACGGCGAAGAACAAGUGGUUCGUUUGCAUGGCGAAGACACCGGAGGAGAAGCACGAGUGGCUGGAGGCCAUUUUGAAAGAGAGAGAACGUCGAAAAACGCUGAGACUGGGCAUGGAGCAGGACACCUGGGUCAUGAUCUCUGAGAAGGGCGAGAAGCUUUAUAACCUCUUGAGCAAACAGGGCCACCUCAUUAAGGACCGCAAGCGCAAACUCAGCACCUUCCCCAAGUGCUUCCUCGGAAGCGAGUUUGUGUCGUGGCUGAUGGAAAUCGGAGAGACCAAUAACCCUGAGGAGGGGGUGCACUUGGGCCAAGCUCUACUAGAAAAUGGCAUCAUCCACCAUGUUACAGACAAGCACCAGUUUAAGCCUGAACCAGUUCUCUACAGGUUUCGCUAUGAUGAUGGCACAUAACACCCUCGCAGUGACAUGCACGAUAUCAUCUCCAAGGGUGUGAGACUCUUCUGCCGACUUCACAGUUUAUUCACCCCAGUGGUAAGGGAUAAAGAUUAUCAUCUAAGAACGUAUAAAUCGGUGGUGAUGGCUAACAAGCUGAUCGACUGGCUCAUAGCACAGGGGGACUGCCGGACCAGAGAAGAGGCGCUGAUUUUAGGGGUGGAGCUGUGUGACAACGGAUUCAUGCAUCAUGUUCUGGAAAAGAGUGAAUUCAAGGACGAGCCUCUUCUGUUUCGCUUCUUCGCCGAUGAGGAGAUGGAGGGUUCCAACACCAAACACAAGCUCAUAAAGCACGACCUAAAAAUAGUGGAGAAUGUCAUCGCCAAGUCGCUGCUGAUAAAGCCAAGUGAGAGUGGUUAUGGAUUCACGCUAGAAGAUCGGAACCGAGUACCUAUUGUCAAAUCAGUGGAGAAAGGCUCCCAUGCUGAGAUGGCUGGACUUGAAGUUGGGAAGAAGAUCUUUGCCAUUAAUGGUGACCUGGUGUUCUUAAGACCAUUCCAGGAGGUGGAGAACUUCUUGAAGCAGUGCUUCCAUAGCAAAGGUCCUUUGAGAGUACUGGUCAGCACCAAACCCAGAGAGACCGUCAAGAUUCCAGACUCGGCGGACGGAUUAGGCUUUCAGAUACGGGGCUUCGGUCCAUCUGUGGUGCACGCGGUUGGCAGAGGCACUGUGGCGGCGGUCGCUGGCCUUCACCCAGGUCAGUGCAUCAUUAAAGUGAACGGCAUCAACGUGAGCAAAGAGAGCCAUGCGAGUGUCAUCGCCCAUGUCACGGCCUGCAGGAAGUACCGGCGACCCACGCAGCAAGACUCCAUUAAAUGGGUGUACAACAACAGUGAGAGUGCCCCGGAAGACCACCAGAGAACCAAUCAGAAGCCCACCGCAGAGGAGAAUGGAGAUGUGUUUGAGUGUAAAGUUGAAGAGGUCAUGGAUAAAUUCAACACCAUCGCCAUUAUAGAUGGCAAAAAAGAUCAUGUUAGCCUGACGGUGGAUAAUGUGUAUCUGGAGUACGGCGUCAUGUACGAAUACGACAGCACGGCCGGGAUGAAGUGCCACGUUCUGGAAAAAAUGGUGGAACCCAAAGGCUUUUUCAGCCUCACGGCCAAGAUAUUAGAAGCCCUGGCCAGGAAUGACGAGCAGCUGUUACAGACCUGCAGUCGACUGAGCUCCAGCACAGAGCUCAUCCCUGAGGACCUGCAGACCAAGUUCAGGGCUAUGUGUGGAGAGAGACUGGAGCACAUCAAUCGCCGAAUCACCAAUUACAGGAAGUUUUCGCGGGUUUUGAAGAACAGAGCCUGGCCCACGUUCAAGCAGGCAAAGACCAAGGUUUCCCCUCUGCACAGCAGUGACUUCUGCCCCACCAACUGCCACAUCAACGUAAUGGAGGUGUCUUAUCCCAAGACCACCACUUCCCUAGGAAGCGCCCUCGGAGUCCAGUUAGACAACAGGAAAAACACUCUGGAAAAAGGAAGCCGCAAUUCAGAGCUGGGCAAACUGAACCCUAUGGUGUACGUCCAGCAUAGUAUCACCAGCAUGGCCGCUCCAUCAGGACACAGUCUGAAUAGAGCGGAAGGCCACGGCCUGCGUUUCCUGCUACGGGAGGAUGACCUGCUCAUCCUGGACGCCUUUCACAAACUUCUCACCAAACUCACAACCGUCGUCAAAGAGAUGGAGUGCUACGCCGCACAGAUUGACGAUUUACUCUCGUCCAUCACACAUCCCACUGGCUCCGAAGGGAAGCCCACCGAGAGCUACAUCUCUGCUGAAAGCGAGAGCGAGAAAAGCGAACGCAAUGGCAAGAAAGUGUGUUUCAAUGUGGCUGGAGAUGAGCAGGAGGACUCGGGUCAUGACACCAUCAGCAACAGGGACUCCUACAGUGACUGUAACAGCAACAGGAACUCCAUCGCUUCCUUCACCAGCAUCUGCAGCAGUCAUUGCAGCUCUUACGUGCACAGUGACGAGAUGGACUCGGGAGAUGAGCUUCCAGCCAGCGUGUGGAUAACUCACGACAAACAGAAGAAACUACACGGCUUCCUGGAGCAUCUGUUCAGUCAGGUGGAGUCCAUCACCAGUUUGUUAAAAGGGGCGACUGUUGCACGAGCAUUUGAGCAGACUAAAUGUUUCACUCCAGGACGAGGACUUCAAGAGUUCCACCAGGACAUGGAGCCCAAACUCAACUGCACCAUGAAACUGCGGCUUCACGUCAAGCAGGAUCCAUGGAAUCUGCCCAGCAGCGUCCAAGCUCUCACACACUCCAUCGCCAAGUUUGCGGAAGAGGUGAAAACCCGGCUGCUUUUGGUGUUACUGCAGUACACAGAUUCAGAGAUCCAGUUGAGGAGAGACAUGGUGUUCAGUCAGAGUCUAGUAGCAGCGGUUUGUUCUUUCUCGGAGCAGUUGUUGGCCGUGUUGAAUCAGUCCCUCAGUGCUGAGAGCGAUGGCCAGGAGGCCAGUCACCGCUGGCUGGAGCAGAUUUCCUCCGCUGGUUUGCUGUUUCAUUUCCAAUCACUGCUCUCACCAAAUUUGACGGAUGAGCAGGCAAUGCUGGAAGAUACACAGGUCGCUCUCAUAGACUUGGAAAAGGUGACCUUCUAUUUCCGACAGUUUGAAGGAGAGCCGCUUGUUGCUAACAUGCCCAUCUCGUAUCAAGUCGAGGGCACGCGGCAGGCUUUGAAAGUCUGUUUUUACCUGGAGGCAUUUUACUUCCAGCAGUUACCCCAGAGGCUGAGGCACGGUGGCAACUUUAAAAUCUACCCCGUCCUGUUCACCCAGGCUUUGGAGAGCAUGGAGGGAUACUACUAUCGAGACAGUGUGUCAGUAGAGGAGUAUCAGGCCCAAAUCAAUGCUGGAUCUCUGGAAAAGGUCAAGCAGUACUACAAGAGACUGCGGGCCUUUUAUCUGGAUAAAUCAAACCUUUCCCCCAGCUCUGCUCCCAAAGCAGCCUUCAUAGACAAGCUGAUGCGUCCUCUCAAUGCUCUGGAUGAGCUGUACAGACUGAUGGAAAGUUUCAUCUCGUGUCGGAGGACGGCCGCAUGUCAGUUCACAGCCUGCGGAGCGUCUGGAGUCGGUCUGCUCACCGUGGCCUCAGAGCUGUGCUGUCGUCUGGGAGCGUGUCACAUCGUCAUGUGUAACAGUGGAGUACAUCGUUGCACACUGAGUGUCACGCUGGAACAGGCCAUUCUUCUGGCCCGAAAUCACGGCUUGCCUCCGAGAUGCAUCAUGCAGGCCACUGAUGUCAUGAGGAAGCAGGGAGCAAGAGUGCAGAACUCAGCCAAGAACCUGGGCGUGAGAGACCGCACCCCAUCAACAGUGCCAAGAUUGUACAAACUGUGUCAGCCUCCACCUCCCGAUGGUGACCCCUGAAUCUACAGCAGAUGUGGAGCAGCUCUUGUCCAACCCUGUGACAACACUUUCCAUUUAAGGAGAAUGUCUGGACGUUCAUCCUCACUCCUGCUUAGAGGCUUCUGUCACCUCUCAACUCAAACAUAAUAUAUAUUGGCUUUUGUCAUACUGUAGGCACCUUUUUUAUAUUAUUCUGUGCUAUGGUGCGUCUCGUUUUAGACCGAAGAUCAAACAAACAGGAAGCUGCUGUCAAGUCAUUCUUUUUAAAUAGAAAGUUUCAAACCUGAUUCAGAUAACUUUUCGUGUUUAUGUAAAAAGUUUGCACAGUGCUUUAGUCUCCGUAUCUUGUUUUAAGACAGCAUUUGUUAAUAGUUUAUAUUUGUUUGUAUUGCGUUUAAACAAAAUUGGCCUAAUAUCCAGAGGCUGUAUUUCAGCUGUUUUCUUGCCUUAAUAAAACUUGUAUGUCAUUUAUUCACAUAUAAUCCAAUCCAUGGCAUUUAAACAUGGCAUGUGUAGGUUUGCCUCAUCAUUUAUAAGUCUGAGUUUAUAGUUUAUUAACACCGUCGUGUAUUAAGCUAAUGUUGCAGGACCAAUUCUGCAGUCUCAGUGAAUCUAAAGUGGCAUACUGGAAAGUUCAUGUACACAACAUUGUGAUUAUAUCAGUGUUAUCAGUGUUUUAUUUUACAUCACACUUAUAGAGGUAUAUACUGUAUAUGUAUCAUUUUGUCUCCAAAAAUAAAACACAUUCAGUACUCAGGAGUUAUUGUUACAUGUAAUCUUAGUGUUACUUAAAAUAACAAAUAAAUCAUCAUUACUAUGCAAUAUUGCUCUAAACAGGAAAUGUUUAUUAACUACAUAAGUUCCGUUUUGAAAGAGAAAAUAAGAUUUAGUCAAGAUGUUUUUAUGUUAUACAAAGUGUUUCAAUUAAUAUGGUCUUCAUUGAAGCUGGCACGUUGAAAAAUAAAUUCAUGUGAAGAUAUUACUGUAAAAACGACAGUUAUUUAUUUUAUCAUAAAACUAACCCAUUUUCCAAAUGCAUGUUCUAUCCCCCAACCUGAAAACUAGGUUGAUGUUACUGUUAUUAUGUCAAAUUGUAAUUAAAUAAAAUGUUUUAAA